UUUUUUUUUGAUUUGCUGGGCUGGGAAUCCACGUCACACCGAUGGAGGCAUUUUGGGUAACUCUGAGCCACAGUGCCACAAUCUUCCUCCCGCACUGCCUCAAAUUAUCAUCUCAGUUUUCUCCUAUCUUCCAUACUCUUCAAUCUCAAUCAACAUCAUUUUAGGGUUUCUUCUCACUGCAUGAGGUCUGCAACUUUCCUUCACGUCCUCUUGUAGAUGGCGAUGGCGGUUCGAGCCGUAAAUACCUGCUCCAUCUUUCGCUCUACUUCGUCCCCUCCUCUCUAUCCCUUCCGAUGUCGUCUACACCAUUUCGGGGCCUUUCAGUGUAAGAGUUACCCCAAUUUAGGGCUUCAUUUUCCGAUAUGUCGCACCGAUCGAUUUUUUCUCAGUCAUGGCGGUGUCCAAAGCUGUUCCGUUUACAGUCUCGUCGAAAGCGUUAUGGAGGAGCUCCACGCCUCACGCAAACGAAAGAGAAUUUAUGCUUCCACCAAAAUGGGAUUAACUAGCAGUGGACAGCUUCUUGAAGAUAAGCUGAAAAAUCAAGUACUACAAAAAGGUUUGCUUCUGGAGUUCAGGAAAGAUUCUGAAAGGGUAUUGCUGGCAGUCGCUCAGAAAGCUGAUGGCAAAAAGAACUGGAUGGUGUUCGAUCAGAAUGGAGUCACAUCCUCCAUUAAACCACAACAAGUUACUUAUAUUGUUCCGGGUAUUGAUAAUUUUGACCAGACAGAGAUUUCCAACUUUAUACAGAAAGCUCAAGAUAACUUGGACCCAACACUGCUUGAGUUUGCUUGGAACGAGCUUCUCGAAACGAACAAGUCAGUAACUGCAGAAGAAUUAGCAGAGAUGAUUUUUGGUUGUGCGGAACCUCUUGAGAGCUAUUGUGCCCAUCUCUUGCUCUCAAAAGAUGAAAUUUACUUCACAGUGUUGGAGACGAAAGGUUGCCGUUCUGUUUAUGGGCCUCGAUCUACUGUGCAGGUAGAAGAACUUCUACGCAGGAAGCUUGCAAAGGAGGCUGCAGAAAAGGAACUUCAGGAGUUUGUACAGUUACUGAAAUCUGCAAAGUCGAUGCCUUCACAUGCUAAACCCCCCAAGUCUUCCUGGAAGGCAGAAGAGAAAAUCCAGCAUAAAAUUGAGUCACUUGAAGCUUAUGCCAUUGAUGCAUGCACAAAUGAUGACCAAAAGAAAACAGCUGGGAUGAUUCUUAGGGCAAUGGGACUGGUCAAAACAGCAUCUUCAGCAUUAAAUCUCCUCAUAGAUGUUGGGUAUUUUCCUGUACAUGUCAAUCUCGAUCUGUUAAAGUUCAACAUCCGGGUUGAUUAUCCAGAUGAGGUUAUAUCAGCUGCUGAAAAUCUUCUGUCUGAGCCCUUUGACCCAGAUGAGGUUGACAGAAAGGAUCUUACUCACUUGAAGGUUUAUGCCAUAGAUGUUGAUGAGGCUGAUGAGCUUGAUGACGCCCUGAGUGCAACAAGGUUGCUAGAUGGGCGGAUUAAAGUUUGGAUACAUGUAGCAGAUCCAACUAGCCUCGUUCAACCUGGAAGCAUAGUAGACAGGGAAGCAAUGAAAAGAGGAACUUCUAUUUUCUUGCCUACUGCCACUUAUCCUAUGUUCCCUGAGAAACUUGCCAUGGAGGGAAUGAGCUUGAAACAAGGAGAGCUUUGCAAUGCUGUUACUGUAUCUGUUGUACUGCAUUCUGAUGGCAGCAUUGCAGAAUGCACAGUAGAUAACUCCAUCAUCAAACCAACCUAUAUGCUGACAUAUGAGAGUGCAUCUGAACUUCUUCAUUUGAACUUGGAAGAGGAGGUUGAACUGAAAAUUCUAUCUGAGGCUGCAGCUCUCCGGUUGCGAUGGCGUCGAAAUCAGGGUGCAAUUGACACAUCCACAUUAGAAACACGUAUCAAGGUGGCUAAUCCAGAUGAUCCAGAGCCAUCAAUAAAUCUUUAUGUUGAAGACCAGGCUGAUCCUGCAAUGCGACUUGUCACUGAGAUGAUGAUACUCUGUGGGGAAGCUGUAGCCACUUAUGGUUCUUGCAAUAACAUUCCUUUACCCUACAGAGGACAGCCCCAAUCAAAUGUCGACACAUCCGCAUUUGCACAUCUUCCAGAAGGACCUGUUAGGAGCUCUGCUCUUGUUAAAAUAUUGCGUGCUGCUGAAAUGGAUUUUAGGAAGCCUAUACGCCAUGGGGUUUUAGGACUGCCUGGUUAUGUUCAGUUUACAUCUCCCAUCCGUAGAUAUAUGGAUCUUCUUGCUCAUUAUCAGGUAAAAGCAUUUCUUAGAGGUGAUUCUCCUCCUUUCUCUGCUGGUCAGAUGGAAGGGAUGGCAGCAACUGUGAAUAUGCAUGCUAGAUUAGCCAAGAGGCUCUGUAGCAGCAGUCUUCGGUAUUGGAUAUUAGAAUUUAUUAGAAGGCAACCAAAAGAGAAAAAGUUUCGUGCCCUAGUCCUUAGAUUUAUUAAAGAUCGGAUUGCAGCCUUGCUACUGAUGGAGGUGGGACUUCAGGCUUCUGCGUGGGUGUCUCUGGGAAAACAGAUUGGAGAUGAAGUUGAAGUUAAGGUGGAAGAAGCCCAUCCGCGUGAUGAUGUUCUUUCUCUUAAAGAGGUUACUUGAGAUAUAAUCAGGAUCUUUUAAAGGAGUUUAUCGCACACAUUCUGCGUGGAUGCUGCUAUGAUUUAUUCAAUGGGUAAUCAUAAAGCAUUCUAUUUCCAAGUCAACUGACCCAAAAUUAGCCUGUCACUUAUUUGUGAUCUUGGGGAAGUGAAUUCUCAUUGACACGAUCCUAAAUCAAGUGUUUGAGAAAAUAUUUUAAAGCAUCACAACUAGAGCAACCUUUCAAGGCCUGAAGGAAUAAAUACUUCAAAACAGACGAGUACAAUUGCACAAGGAGAAUCUUUACAAACAUCUCCAUUUUCCAAAGCAGCCUUUGUAAAAAUGGAAGUCUCACUAGUAGGUGUUGGUUUUAGGGCUUGCUCAAUUUUGUUAAUGUGGUUAAUGGUCAUCUUCAUUAUCAGGCAUUGUUUUGGACCUGUCUUCUUGUACCUCAUUUCUUCUUCUUCCUUCAUUAUCAGUCGUUCUAGGAGGUAUCAUUCUCUGGGUCUCAUGUAUAUCGUUUAUAGUGGAUCUAUGUUACUUGACAAAUAAUUUAUUGUAGUGAAAUUAUAUAUAUUUUUUCUAUUUAAUGUUUA